AUGAGCAGAGCCAAGCCUUUGUCAAUGGAGGAAAAAACAAAGCGUGUCCUUAGCCUGCUGCAGGAGAAGGAUGACGUAUUCAACAUGAAAGACCUGGAGAAGAUAUGCCAGAAGGAAAAGGGAGUUGUGCCGCAGAGCAUGAAGGAGGUGCUUGACAUACUCAUUUCAGAGAGAAAGGCAAAAGAGAAAAAAGUAGGAGCAACAAAGUACUACUGGAGUUUCCGCUCAGAUCUAAAACUGCACAAAGAAGCUGAAGUAAGAAAACUUAUCGAUGAGAAUGCAUCUCUCUCCAAAAAUAAAGAGAUUCUUGCAGACGAGCUUAGCACUCUCAAAGAGAAUAGAUCCUCUCCAGAGAGAGAGGAAAUGAUCAAGCAGCUGGAAGAAAAAAAGAAAGAGCUUGAAAGCGUAAACCAAACAGUUGCAGUAAUGAGCGAGAAUGACCCUGCUAAAAUAGACUCACUCAAGGAAGAGCUCUCAAAUGUCCAAAAAGACCUCGAUGAGUGGGCAGAAGCAUUCAAUGCACUGCAGCACCACAUCCGGCAGUCCUUCAAUCUAUCCCACAGUAUGUUCACAGAAGCCUUUGGAAUCAGCCAAGCUGACAUGGAUAAGAUCGAUGAACUAUAG